CGUGAGUAAAAAAGAUAUGAAUUUUGAUAUUUAAGAUAUCAAAUUUUAAUAAAAGAUGUUUGGUGAAGAAAAAAAUGGAUUCAGAAAUGAAAUUAGAAGAGAUGAAAUAUCUGCAAGUGGAGAGACUCCAUAUCAGCUUCAUUUGGCCGAUUUCACUAGGGAGCAUUCAAUCAUAUCAGCAUUAUCUUCAGCUUCCCCUCCUACUAGUUAAAACAUGAAAUGUUUUACGGGACGCACGCAAGAAGCUAAGUAUGUUCGAUCUACUAGUGACAUGUGGUCAAUGAUGGAAAAAUCCUCCACCCCGUCAAAGAAGUGGCGUUAAGCAGUUGACAAGGCAAAAAGUGCUAAGGGGUUAAGAUCUGAGUUCGAUUCCUGACAAUUAUGCUGGAAGGCAACUAUGAUAAGCAUUGGGUCUCUACAAGUACCAGGUUCAGAAAGAGUGCAUUCCAGGGCAAGAAGACAUCUUAUCUUAGCUAGGGUUCUUACUUCCAUUGGGAAUUUUACUUGUCCACAAGCAAAGAAAUUACAGCAAAAUUAAAUACCUUAGAUGAUGAUCAAGUUUUGAGCCCCUCUUCCCAUGAUGAUGAUGAUCCUUCCUCCUCCAAGCUUCUGCAUUUUCUUGCUCUGUUUCUCUUCUCUGUCUUCAUCAUCAUCAUCAUCUUCUUCAUCAUCUUCAUCUUCUUCUCUAAUCAAUGCAAGCUUCAAUCUCAGCCUCCCGCAUCAACACCCCUACCCAGAAUUGGUAGCUCAAGAAGUUCAUAGGAGAGUGAACGAAUCGGUGUCGCGGCGAAGACUGUUGCCGGAGAACGAGCAAUGCCUCACCGGAAACCCGAUCGACGACUGCUGGCGGUGCGAUCCGAACUGGCAAAACGACCGCCAGCGGCUGGCGGACUGCGGCAUCGGAUUCGGCCAGGGAGCGAUGGGCGGGAAGGGCGGGGUAAUCUACACGGUCACCGACUCGUCGGACCUGGACGCCGCGAACCCGAAGCAGGGGACUCUCCGGUACGGCGUGAUCCAGACGGAGCCGCUGUGGAUCGUGUUCGCCGGAGACAUGACGAUCACGCUGAAACACGAGCUGAUCUUCAACAGCUACAAGACCGUCGACGGCCGCGGCGCCAACGUGCACAUCACCGGAAACGGCUGCAUAACGCUGCAGUACGUCACCAACGUCAUCAUCCACAACGUCCAGAUCUCCAACUGCCAGCCGUCGGGGAACACUCUGGUGCGGUCGAGCCCAUCGCACGUGGGGUGGAGAGGCAGAUCGGACGGCGACGGAAUCUCCAUAUUCACGGCGAGGAACAUCUGGAUCGACCACUGCGCUCUGUCGAGCUGUACGGACGGGCUGAUCGACGCCAUAAUGGGGUCCACCGCCAUCACAAUCUCCAAUAGCUAUUUUUCCCACCACAACGAGGUUAUGCUCCUUGGCCACGUCGACACCUACCUCCCCGACUCCGGAAUGCAAGUGACGAUAGCGUUCAACCACUUCGGGGAAGGGUGCGUGCAGAGGAUGCCGAGGUGCAGAAGAGGGUACAUACAUGUGGUGAACAAUGACUAUACCGAAUGGCAAAUGUAUGCCAUCGGAGGUAGCGCGAGGCCAACCAUCAAUAGUCAGGGCAAUCGUUAUAUUGCGCCCAAUGACCCUAACGCCAAAGAGGUGACAAAGCGGGUGGAAACGGUGGAGACAGACUGGAGCGGGUGGAACUGGAGGACGGAGGGGGACAUGUUGGUGAACGGGGCAUUCUUCGUCCCCUCCGGUGACGAUCUCAGCAACGAGUACACCAAGGCCUCGAGCCUCAAUUCCCAUUCUGCCCUUCUCAUUGACCAACUCACCGCACACUCUGGGGUCAUCCCCUCAAUCCCCACCAGGGAGAGUAGAACGCCGCAAGCCUACGGUGGCGGGACAACCACCGACGCAAACAGAAACGGCAACGCAAGUCCCACCGGAGGCCGUCGCGAUGACUUCCCGUUCGGCUUCACGUUUGGUGGCGGCGCUCCGCCAUCCCCUCUUCCUACCACAGCCACACUUUUCUUGUUGUCUCUUCUUAUUAUUUUAUAUUUGUAGUUGUAAAUAGGAAAAAAGUGGACAGGAAAAAAAGAGAGGAAAUUUUAGCAUGAAAGGAACCCAACUUUUUGUACAUAAUGGAACGAUUAUUAUUGGAAUCACGAAAUUUUUACUCAAUUUAUUCAAAGAGUAUGUGAUUAGAGGUAUUUUUUGGGGGGUUGUAUUUUUUCAUUAUUCUUCGUUUUACAGAAGUGGAAUAUGUUGACUACUUUCAUUGAUUGAUGAUGUAGAACAUAAUUGCGACAUUUUGUACAAUUUUUGUUUCGAUGAUCGACAAGCAAAAACAUGUAAAUUUUGAAUUCCUACCUAGGACUUCUUAGUUUUAACUCAAUAUACAGAACUUAUUUAG